AUGUGGCUCUUUCGAGGCGUACAAUCGGCGGUCUUCUACUAUGCGACCUGUACACCAUGUGCUAUGAGCAUUGAUCGGCGGAAACGAAAGAAGGAUGCCGUUCGAAGUCAGCGCCUGAACGAGAAAGCCGCCGCCACCGAUGUCGUGACCGACCAACCCCGACCCUUUCCACAACCAACUGCCUUCAGCACAAAUCAGGGAUGGGCCGAAGAGAUCGCGCUGGGUCCAGGACCCCCCGGUCGUCGGGGCGGAUAUCGAAACCACACGCGGACUGACAGCUGGAACACAGACAACAGCUCUCCGUCUAAGAAGGACAAAGCUGCCGGUCUCAUGCAACCCUUGAACGAUCGCUGGAAAUCGAUGCGUUACCAACGUGAGGAUGAGCCACUUUGGGGACAAGAGGUCCGAGGUUCGUCGAUCGGCUUCUCUGGUCGAGGUCGCACCGAUCAACCGGAGCCGCCCAAAUACUAUGCCGCCCGGGUUCCCCCAGUCAAUGAUCUCCACCCGCCCAUCGUGAGUGGGCCCCGCAGUCGCGCCGAGACAAGAUGGAUGCUUCAGCCUCCCCCGAGUGCGAAGGUGAUGGCGGGCAAGGCCCGCGUCGAUGCGUCCUCUCCGCAGGGUUCCCGGGGUGGUUUCGAUGACUGGCCAUCCCAGAUGAUCAAGGGUGGCGUGAUCGAGGAAGACGAGGAUGAGCACGUCAACAACGAAGUUCAAGACGGUCGCGUGGAGUCCGACGCCCUACAGCAACGGUUGCCUCGCAGGCCGUCUGCAUCACACACUCGUCCCAGCUUUGACAGUGAUCUUCUCGUCAAGGGGCACCACCUACAAGACUCGCCAACAGACUCCAUGUUCUCCAUGCCCGACGAUGGUUCCUUUAGUGCGUCUUGGAAAUAUCCAGAUACCCCAACGACUCGUCCUACCUCUGAGUUUAUCGAGCAUAGCCCCAGGGUCGUUCGUCCAACCAUCUCAAAGACCCUUUCCACUUUGCCCCGCAUCGAUGGCAACAAACAGAAAGUGCACCUUUUCCAAGUGCAAAUCAGCGAUGAUCGAGACGAAUUUGGCAUUGGUCAGCUAGAACAUGUUCGUCCUUGGCGGUGGAGCAUGGACAUAUGA